GGUAGUUGUGCGUCGCAAGGCAGUUCAACGAGCAGGUGGAGGGACGGAGGAGCACAUCUGGAGGGCUCGAUUAUUAGCGUUCCUCUGCGGAGAUUGGAGUUGGGUGCUCGGGCAGGAUUGGAGCAGUGGAAGAGCAAGAUCUCCGAUCUGGUUAUGGACAAAGAUCGCUGGGACGAAAUGGUGUCUGGGUGGAGAAGCGAUGCGCACCUGCUGAUGCUGUUUCCACACAAGAUGACCGAAUUGGUCGUCUCCCAGCUUCCCGCGGACGCUGUGCCGCUCGGAUCUCGAAAUGGAUCAGAAAAGCGACAGGAAACUACUGCGGCGUCUGCCAGCGCGGAUAAAAAGCGAAGAGGGAGGACAGCAUCACGCUCGGCGCAAGCAGCCGCAGUUGCGGAGCACCCAGAACACGUAAACAGCAUGAACCCAGACGAAUUGGUGCCAGCCCAACGAAAGACGGACUUUCGUUGCACACGCGAAGUUGAAGCGCAGCAGGCCAGCUGUAAAAGCGUUGCUGCGGAGACGCCUUUUGGGAGCGGCCUCUCCUUCAUCAACGUCGUGGUGGACCAGCCGGAAGAAAACGGGUCGUCAAGAACGUCAUCCAGAAGAUACUCGAUGCUGGCAACAUUACCUGCAGAAGGAGAACCCAAGGGUGAACGUCGAGUCGCGCUUUGCGUCAAGACCACACACAUUGAUGCAACUACUUCCAGGAACGGGAAAGACAGUUCCACUAGGGGUACUUUGAUGUCAACUGAGCACGAAAAAGGAAAAAUCUUUUGUGGGCAGCCACUCCGAGCGUCCUUCACAGGAUGCUCCGUGCACGUCUGCGCACUGUUUCAGCCCGCACAGGACAGACGCAAAUUGGUUUUGGAUGACAGCGGCGGUGAUUCACGGCGAAACAAGGAAGUUCUGCUUUUGUGUGGCCGUGACAUCGCGGAGCUUUUGCGGCACGUAAACGCAACUUUGUCUUUGGCAAAAGACGAGGACGUGGACGCGUGGCUGACGAAAUCAGCAGAGGACGACACGGCACUAGACUUCGCCUUCUCAACCCCGGAAUUCUCACGGACGAUCGCGCGCGCCAAUUUCUUCGAGUCUGCCUUCCCGACGGCAGACAAGGCAGCGAACAAAGAUAAGAGUGAGCGCAGUCUGCUCGCGGAGGGUUUCUACAGUGCGAUUGCAAAGGAUCCAGAGCGGUACGCCGGGAUGCACUCCAGCAUCGGCGCCGAGACCGGCGACGACUGUUCUGGAGACGUUCGCGCCCUGCAGUCCUUUGACAACGUCCUGUUCAUGGCCAGCGACGCGUACCCGGGCAAGGAUGAGAUCCGUAGAAACGCCAUGCAGGUUUUGGCAAAGAUUCGUGCGCCGAUCGCGAUCGCACCCCAACCAGUCCUCAACGCGUACUUCGAAAAUGAAAUUCUAAGCAAGACGGAAAACAUUUUUUCCGUCGGAAACCUGCUAAAAACCGUCGUCCGUCCGCUGGAACGCGCUUUGACCGGUGACGAAGCAACCAAGCUUCUAGAUUUCAUUCUCGAAGAUGUGAAUGUGAAUAAGGGCGGUCGUACAGCACAACAAGAUGUCUUCAGAGAUCUGGAUGGCUGCAAGUUGUGUGUGCUGGGGCCGCAGCCACAGGAGGAUGAUCAAAUUCAUCACGAAGAGCAAGACACCCGGACCAUUGUGCCGUUUGCGAAGGACGAUCCCCCAGUUGCCUGCACAAAAAACGAGCAGCAAAGACUGAUGCGGGCGCUUGGGCAGGAACGCAACGUCGUCUUUCCUACCAUCGAUAAUAAAGGCGCCGCCGCGUCCCGGUCGCUGCGUAACACGAAGAUGUUACAGAAAGCCGGACUGUUGCAGGAGCUGCAGGGACAGCAUGUGAAGGAAAUGCUCACAGCGUACAUCGGAAAGCAAAAACAGCCGGACAUUCCCGAGGAGCUGCUAGAUGCGGUUUUCGCUUGGGCAAAAGCGAGUUCUCCCGCGGACCGUUCCUGUCUGGACGAAAUCCCACUACUGCCCUGCUACAUCGGUGACGGCGACGCGGAAUGGGCCCCAUUUUCUGACCGGUUUGUCUGUGUCGGGGAGAAAGAGUGGAUCGGCAUGCAGGAAUACCUCAGCGUGUUCGGCGUGCAGGUGCUCGCGGAGAAUGAUUUUUCGCAAGGAGGUGAUAAUAUGUAGUGAGGUCACCGAACGGUUCUAACCGGGGAGUUUUUUUGACACCCAGCCAGCAAAACGACCGGCAGUUUUCAAGCGGCCGAAAGCGUUUUUUGACAUAAAAAAUUUUCAAUUAUCAAGCGGGCGGGGCUUUGAUAUCAAACAAGCCCGGUCGAAAACUAUCGAUUCGCACUUGAUAAAACGACGCAGGGGAGCCGGCAAAAGGGGCGCCCUUCUGAGGAGCCCACCGCCUUAGUUUCUGGCGAUUUGGGGCGCCCAAAAAGAGGCGCGCAAAAAGCGCGCCCAAAAUCAGAAAAGCGAAACAGCAUGGCACGGCCGCGAUUUCGAAGCAUUUUGGGCGGCCGCGAAAGCGGCCGCCUUUUCGCCGGUUUCAGAGCCUGGGGAGCUUUGCAAAAAGCGCCGGCGUGAAAAAUAAAAACGCAAAAGGGAAAAAGCGCGCCAGACGCGCAAAGCCAACCCGCAUGCUGCGGGCCCGAUUUUUCUUUGCUUUUUGAGCGCCCCCCGUGGCGCCCGGAUCGGCCCCAUAGCAUCGGGGCUCGCUUUCGGAAAGGAAUUUUGGAAAUGUGCCAAGAUUUGUGAUGUUUCUCAAGUGACCGCCAUACCGUGCGGCAUAACGUUACUCACGGCGGUAUGGCGAGCCCAGAAAAAGCAAAGCCGCGGCCAAGGCGGCGGUCGGAAAAAAACGCCCACGACCUCACUACCCCCGCCCCGGCGGCUAUAUUUGGUACUACGGGCCGCGACGAGGCCACAGCCUUCGUAUCCAGAGCUGCAGCAGUCCACGAGCUUGCAGACCGGGGCGAACACAUGCCCGACCUGGUUGCUGCCCUGGAAUAUCUCGCUUGUCGUAAGAAGUGCACGUUUUCCGAAAGCCCUUCUGGUGGAAACGACAAAGACAAGCAGAGCGAAAACGUGAACGAUGACGCCGAUCGUAGGUUCGACUCCGAGGCCGCUCAGCUAUUGAACUUUCUCGCCAAGCACAGCGGAUCUGGUCCUGAGGUCGUCAGGGCGAUAUCUAAGUUCAUCGGACUGCUUCCGAUCUUUCCCUACUGGUCUUCAGCUGAGGGGGCCAGGACAAGUCUGCUGUCGAAGAAAGUGAAGUGCAUCUUUGCGAUGCCGCAAGGCGACGUGUUUUGGAAAUUCGCAAGAACAGAGGUAGCGGAGGUGCGCGAGAUAGUCGUGCUCGACGAUCACGAGGAAGAUACAACAGCGACAAACAAGGCUGCGAAAAAGAAUCCUGAUAAAGCAAAAGCUCUGGCGCAGGGGGCAAAGCAGAGCAGUAUCCUCCGGCUCCUGGAGGCGGUGCGCGAGGUUGCAACUGCGGAAGCGGGUGGCGCACCGUCAAGCAGCGUAGCGAAAAAGCGCACGAAAAUGGGGAAGCAAUUACCUGCUGCUGCGGUGGCUUCCUCGACCAAGAACAACGAUUGCGAUUUGCCGCCCAUUCUGCGUCUGGCGAAGGAUCUGUUCCUCGACUUGCGGCUUCUGCCGGUGCAGAACUCUGUCUUGAUGUCCAAGGCGAUCGAGUGCCAAGUUUUCCGCCCGGAAGACCAACAGGAACUUCUACAGGAAGAGUUUGUUCCGGGUAACGAUGGCUCGUUGCUGAAAAUCACCGACUGCUUCUUCGUCGACUCCGACUUUGGGCGGUUGAGUGCAGGGAUCAAGCGCGGACUGAACCCAACCUGGCGGGGCAACAAACCGCUUCGCAGCAAAAUCCAGGCCAUAGGCCCCGGCUUCCGAUCGGAACUUCAUGCGGACGAAAUGCUCGAGGUGCUGUUGCAAACGGUGGACCGGGCGGGGGGAGAAGGUGCGCAUGUUGAUCCAAACAAUGCCUCCUCAGCCGCGGAUCGUCCGGAUCCGGAAUUCGCUUGUCCCUCCUUGACGCUCGAUCUGGCGAAGAAGCUGUACCAAAAGAUCACUUACAAUGACGACGUUGCGCAGAAGUUGCGUGGUAAGCGGUGGAUCUGGGUCGACGGAACUGUUAACGGGUUCGUUUCUCCGUCGCGGAUUACGUAUACCCCGAAGCAGAAUGCUGACCUGGCGCCGAUUCUGAUACCCUUACCAAAGGCCUACGAGAAGCUGUCGCUAUUUUCCCAACUGAUUCAGGACCGCACGAACGAGUACGCGUCGUCGCUUGUCACGUUACUGGAACAGAUCCGCGAAGCCGACAUUGCGCUUUCUGCUGGACGAGUAGUAGUUGAGAACUCCGAUGUUGAUGGCGAACAAGCUCCAGCGCGCGGACAGGUCGACGCAAGGAAUCCUUUCGCGGCAGAAUCGCAGGCCAGCGCACGAGAAGAACCACACGAAGCAGACUCGGACGGGGCCACGCUGACUGUCAAGUGUGGCGCUUACGGGCUGCCAGACCUGCAGUUGCGCGAGGAGGCGGUGGUAGACAAGAAAUGCCGGAUCCGAGUGAUCGAAAACGCGGUGCUCGCUUUGGAUAAAGCCAAGAGGGAAAAAAAGUUUCAGCCACUUGAGCUGCUGCUCAAGCGAGUCCUCCUGCCCACGAAAAGCCUGGAGCUGAAGCCCGCGGCCGAGGUGUUUGUCAAUGAUCUGAAGUGGGACCCGCUCGGCCAGAAUAAGACAGAAAAGCUGCGGCAAGACAUUCUCCACGACCGAAUUGGCGACGAGGUCGGGUUGGCGCUCGGGGCCGGCAAGGUACGGAAACGGCUGAAGGACCGCUACCAUUUAAACUUUCCGGUGCAGAUCAUGGGACUGCAGGAGUCGCUGACGAACCGACUGAAAAAGAUCGUGAACGAGUAUCCGCACAAGUUCUGCUUCCGUGAACUGCUGCAGAACGCCGAGGAUGCGGGAGCAAAGAGGUUCGUAGCGGUCUACGACCACCGGACCUGGAAGAACCACGAAGCCGCCUCCCUCCUCUCGCCCGAGAUGGCGCGGCAACAGAGCAAGGCGCUCGCGUUUUGUUGCGACUCCAUCUUCAAACCCGGCGACUUCGAGUCGCUCUGCGCGCUGGGCACCAGCCGCAAAGACCACGCAACUAUGAUCGGCGCCCACGGGGUCGGUGGCAAAGUGCUUUUCGGCCUCACGGACGUCCCGGGGUAUUGGAGUGGCGGCCAGUUUCUCUUUCUGGAUCCCUACGUCGAUUCGCUCGCAGAUAUGGGCGCGACCCGAGAGCAACCCGGCGUCCGGUUGAAAAACAGCGAAACCGGUGGCGACGGCCCAAUGGACGCCUUUCCCGACCAGUUUGAACCCUUCCGGAAGCUUGCGGCUGACAUUGGCAUCCCGCUCUCCGUGAAAGGAGACGAGCUGUGCGGGUCGAUUAUUCGCGCGCCCCUCCGCGACAAGCAACAGGUCGAGCGCCGGAAGAACAGGGAGGACUCCAAGAACCGCAUCUCCGACCACGUCACGUCAUCCCCCGCGGUGCAAAAGGAGCUGCAGAAAUACUUGCAGGCGAAUAUGUCGGACUUGCUCCUGAUGCUGCAGUCCUGUACGGUGUUCGAGUACCAUGAGAUCGACUCGGAUGGCACGAGGAUCGAUGCGGAAAGCCGGAUCUGCAAAAGAAACGUGAAGUCUUCCGGUGGCGCAGACCUCGACCAUGAGUUUAGCCAGGUCGCAGGGAGUCUCCAGCACGUGCAGUACGGGCACAUUGAGCUCGUCACGAUGUGUCAGAGCAAGAAGAACCACCCGCCGGAGCCUCGCACAUUUCUGCAGUACAAACAGGCGAAGCUGGUUGAAAUCGCUAAAGAGGAUAAGAAUGUGGGUCGAUUUUUUUGCGGACUGCCGAUCGAAGAUUGCAAAACAGGCAUCCCGCUCCACUGCAGCGCUUUCUUCCGCAUGAGUGAGGACCGCCGAAGCAUCCUGUUCGGCGACAAUGAUCCAGCAGAUGCGAAGGGGAACAACCGUGAAUUAGCCGAUCAGCUGGUGGUUGCGUUACGAAAGUUUUGUGCGAUCAAGGGUAAAGAGAAAAAAACAACCGCCUUCAAGUACUUUCCGAUCGGCAAGGAAAGCAGCCCGUUAUCAAAGUACAUUGAAAACGCCUUCUACCAAAGUCUGCGCGAAUCCCCAGCCGAGCGUGUGCUGUACACGAUUAGCAGCAAGCCCGUAACCAACCUGCAGGAGUGCUUCUUCUUUGACCGGCGGCACGAAUGGAGCGCAUUUUUGGACGACGUCUCCAGUUGGGACGACAUGGGGCUGGAGCUGUUGGCCCUGGAUAAGCAAGAGGAAAUUGCGAACAGGCUGCAAAAGUCGACCGGCAACGACGACCCGCAGGGACCGAUCACUCUGACCGGCACGAACCUCUUGUUGAAACUAAAAAGUAUGGGUGAUCAGCUCUCAAUAGGCGCGGGAUCCGUCGAUCCAAUUCUGUGCUACUGUGUGGGAGACAAAACUGAGUUGCAGACCUACCUUCCCGGGUGCAAGCUCCGGGCGCAGCAGGACGGUGACAUCACGAAGUUUGCACGUGCUCCGCAAGAGCACUUGCGCCCCCUGGUGGCAGAUUCGGAGCCGGCUUGGAAAUUGCUGGAUUUCUUCCCCCGGCCCGAUGUUUUAAAACAGCUCUCCAGCCCGGUCGUUGCAGCGUUGCAGAGUGCGGAGUUCGUGAAGGUGGUAAGACUUUCCGACGUCGCGAGGCUGUUCAACGAGCACGGCCAGUUGCAAGAUCCAAAUGUCACAAUGCGGCGCGCUGUAGCGUUCUGGGACUAUGCGGAGAAGUCCUUUUCGCGAAUUGAAAACGCCAGGCGGCAAAAUCCAACCGACCAGGAAGGCCGGAAAGAUCCGCUUGAAGCGGCAAACGGGCUGCAGCUGCUGAUUGCAAAAGGCAAAUCCUAUCACCCUUGCAGCCUUCGCGGACGAAUGAUCGUGUUUUCGGACGAUUUCCUUGCACACGCGGGCCCCAGCGGAGCAAAUCUGGUUUCGGCUUUGCAGAAGUGCAAUGUUCUCGUCGGCACCAACACAGUGAAAACAAUGCUCCCUUUUGUUUGCAACGCGACCGAGGGCAAGCCGCAGGGAGCUCGGGUAAGCAAAAAAUGGAUCGACUUAAGCGAGCAUCAGCGGAAGCACCUUGUGGGCCGGGAAGUUGCGUCCUCCCUUCAAGCGGCGUUGCAGGGGCAAAACAACGUGGACAACCUGUCUGCGUUGGAGAAGAACGCUUUGCGGCAGUACUUAUUCGCAAUUGGAAACCACGGGGUGAGCUUGGGCGACGAUCCGCCGGACCUUACGAAGAAGUGCCUGGAACUCUGUCGCAAACUCCCUCUGUUCAACCUUCUCGGGCACGCGGCAAAUGACCGCAAGGCGCUGCCGGAGAAGUGCAAACUUUUGCCCCAGCCGAAGCCAGCCACUGAAGCCGCGGCUGAGGAGUCCGCCAGUGCUAGCGAAGACGAGGAGAAUCAGGAGAACGAAGUUGAAGAGGCGGAAGAACGGCGGCAAGAGGCGGAGGGGAAGGUAGUGUGGGAUCUGAUAGAAGUUUUUGCCGAGGGAGAGGUUCGCGUUGCCGCGGCGUGUGCCGAAGCUGCUCCAAACAGUGAGGCGUUGCGGUUCUUGCAAGACGUGGUAAAGAUUCCGACGAUGACCGACGAGGACUUCGUGUGCACUAUGGUGAACGAGCUGCAGCGACUGCAGUCAGCUCGUGCACAGGGUAAGGUUUUGAAGGCCUUGCUUACAACAACAGAUGCGAGAAGGGGCAAGCGCCGCUUCGCAGUUCAGUUCACGAAUAAAAGCUCCGGCCGAGUGAAAUCGGUGGCUUUUUUGCAAGCAGCAGACGCACAGAGAGCCGGCUGUGCGUACCUGCAACCUUCUGACUGUCUUUCCUUCAAGUUUGCUGCAAAAUUUACCGCAGUCGGUCUUUGCAAGCAGUUGCAUCCCGACGUGGUCGCGGAGUUGUUGGUUAACCAGCAGCAGGACAGAGGCCCCGACGUGCUUGCGCAGAUUAUGCGACAGAUUCUCACCCCGGAAGAAGUUCUUGAAGUCGCAGACCACAUUGAGGCAAACGCAUCUUCUGGACUAGCCAUUGAGCUGUUUAAGCACAUCAACUUGACCAUGUUUGGUUUCGCAGCUUCCGGGCGCAAGGAAAUGCACGAAGGCCUGCGGAGCAAGCAGUGGCUCCCCGUCAUGAGCCAACGACCGCAGAAUUGGCCGGCCGGUUUGCCAUGGGCAGGCGAACGUUUGGGCGGGUGUCUAGUUCGCCCCGACGAUUAUCCUCAGAGCAUUUUUUUGCCUGUGACAAAAGCCGCGGUCGGCUACGCGUUCCCAGUCGUCGACGAUGCCGCCUUGACAGACUCUACGAGAACAAAUUUGAUCCGGAACAAAAACCACGCUGACGCGCUUGGCAUUUGGAACCAAGGGGAUCGCUGCACUUCUUCUCACAUCCUCGAAAGCAUCAAGAGACUACAUGAACUCUCCAGCGACACUCGACGUGAAAAAGCCGGAGAAAUUGAUGGCGUGAUCCUCAAUCUUUACCAGGAGAUGCACAGUGCCCUGACACCGGAUGAGCAAAGCCAGCCCUUCGUCUGGGACCGAAAAACGCAUUCGUUUUUGGGCAUAGCUGCGUUUCACAAGGAGAAACCCAAGGCAAAAUCUGAUGCUGCACCGUUCGACAUGAAAUUGGAGCCCUACGUGUGUGCACUGCCGGCGGCUUGGAAGAACCUCCCCGUGUUUCAAAAUGUAGCGAAGUCUCCCGGUGUCGACCAUAUCGUGGGCAUCUUUUCCCGACUUGCAGCCGAAGGAACUGGCGCUCCGCUGGGCGAAUACGCUAAUCAUGUGGCACUCUGCGCUCGCGCCUGGUGGGUUUCUUACAAACUUUGUCCACCCGGGCCGAACGAGAUAGCAAAACUGAUUCCCCGUGACAAAGCAGUCUUUCCAGUACGAAACAGCAGAAAUGGACUUCUGGAGUUCGCCACCGCCGACUCGUGCUUCAUCGACAACAUGCCUUGGCUUUCCGUAGACCAUGGCGAUCUGCUCGAUCCGAAACUGCCAGUGUCGCUUGGCGACAACGAGACAAAGCACAUUCUGCAGAUUGCUGCCGGGCAGUACAGUGUGCCCCCAGCUUCAGCGCUCUAUGCGGCGAAGCACCAGGUACCCCUACCAGAAGGGUCCUGGAUUGACGACUUUGUGCCGUACUCUGCAACUGAACAAGAGGACAAAACCAGGGCAGAAGAUGCAGACUCUGCGUUUCACAACUAUUUGCUUCGCGUGACCGACUUCUGGUCGAAAAGAACAAGUGGUGCGUCUCCAGAGCGGAGCCCGACACCACUGGAGAUUUCUUUUCGGGUAUGCCCGAACUCAACUUCGAGCGGUGCACCAGCACACGAUGCCGGCUCUGCUCCUAGUGUCAUCCCGCAGCUGAUAGUGGAUUCGACAGGAAACAGCAUGGCAACGCACCAUAUCGUCACGGAACUGAGGGGGGCCGCGCCGCUGUCCGACGAAGAAUGGAAGUUCCUGGCAAAUCACGAAGUGCUGUUCUGGGACGCUGCAGUGGCGGUAAUCUUGAGUAAAGGCGUGAUUGGAUUUUUUGAUCCAAGCAAGAAAAUCCGGCAACUUCGAACGGGUCGCAGUGACGUCUCUCCAGUCCUGCGAUUCCCGGUGCACGAAUUCGCGCGUUUGUGGCCAGAGCAAGCAUCCAUUCUCGGCCUUUACGAGACAGCGGCCUCUCCUGGAUUGCGCAUUUGGCACUUCGGAGGUGAAGUCACAGUGGAAACGUGGAAAUCGUUUAUCACGAAUGGCGCAGGACGAGGUCUGCCCUUUCGAGUUUCGCUCCUGGCUUUUGAACACUUGAGGGUGCUCGAGUUCGUUUCGGAGAUGACCAGAAAUGCUGCCGCAGGGUCGUCCGCAAGUGCGACCCAGGCGAACGCAGCAAAUCUUUGCAACAGACUGGAGAAGCAGAAAACAAAAAAAGAACUACUACAACAGCAACGUCCACAAAAUCAGCACCACCAAUCUUCUUCGAGUAGCGCCGCAGCGCCAGUACUUGAUUCUGUUGCAGUCGCAGAACUGACAGUGAAUUCCGUGUGGGUAACGCACAACAAUGCCAGUGGCGAUAGCAACCGGACUGCCGAGCAGAGCCGCUGGUAUCGAGUUUCUGCAGACGAUUGCGCCUUUGUCGUUCCGGUAGACGGACAGAUGAACCAUCCAGGCUUCGGCAACAUCUUGGCUCAUCAUGCGUCCGUUUUGGGAGUAGCUGGACAUGCUGUGUGUGUGCAGCUAAAAUGCUUCGAUGAGCUGGCUGAAUCAGCAGAAUCUUUGGGUGCGUGUCUUGGCGGAGUCGUUGCCUGUCUAGCGAAUUCAAAUCUGAAUGGAUUCGAUUUUUCUUCGCCGGAGUUGAACUUCACUGACUCGAUCUCGCCGGACGAACUCGACAAGACGCUGCACACUGUUGACAGUGUCAAAGGAUUUUACAACGUGCUUCAGUCAGCGCUGCUCCUGCACGGAAGGCCCAUGUCCUCAUACAAGAUCCUGCAGCGGACCUGGGGUCGCGGUGACGCAAAUGCGACAAACUGGUUGGAAAAGUCCGCACACUGUGUCGGCCUGCCUGCGUGGCUCCAGAAGUAUGUUUUUAUGGAACGCCACGACACGACAAGAAUGCCUGCGGUUUGCUUCGCGUCAUGCCGGUACAUCGUCCAGAAGGUGUGCGAGAGCGAGAGGCAACUGUCGGCUGCCGUACACACAUCACUACUGUCGUGGAUGAUGAAUUGUGUGGAGUUUUGGCAGGAGGACACGUUGAAAGAGCUGCCACUGUUGCGGGAAGAUGACUCGCUUUCCUCUACCUAUCCACGAUGGUACUGUAAGAGCGACAAGAUCCGAAAGAUUUUGUCCCCCACAGUUUCCAGAAGUGCCAUCGUGAAGGCUCUACCGAAAACACCAGCGGGCGUGACCAACAAGACUGAGUACGACGCGUUCGACCUACUCGGGCCGUAUCAGCCACCCGCAGUUGCGGGGAACGCCGACAGCAUCAUACAUGCAGAAUUCUGGAAAUUCUAUGCGAGUCGUUCGUCGUCCCAGCGUGCCAGCAGCGUGCUGUUGCAGCAGUCGCUUCGAUCGUCGAUGCAUCUUCUAGAAGAAAAAUUGACGGUGGAAGUUACUGCUCCGAACAACGGUAACCAGCGCAUUCCCUUGCAGCCCCACUGUGCGCUUCGAUCAGGUGCGAACAACGAACUUUUGAAUUUUGGAAAUGAACUUUUUAAGCGCAUCGGCUGCCGUUUCAGCGAGGAAAGCUUCCCCGACAUCGGCACCCGCGAAGAUGACAGCGGACAAAAGACGACGACUGAGUAUGCAGGAGAGACGGUCGACUUUGUCGCGCAACACUUGGCUGCGUUGGCCAAGGAUGGAGGUCUAAACAUCAUAGGCGCAGCUGACGCACAGUCUUUGUUCAAGUUUUUUCUCGUCGACAAGAAACUUCAAACAGACGCCGGGAGAAGAGCGCUCGCUGAUAUUCCGCUAAUCGUAAUCGAGACUCCUGGUGCUGGAGGAUCUUUACUGGAGAUCGCCAAGUGCAAAUUCAUACAGUCAGAAAACGUCGCCAAGCUCUGUCGCGUCCGGACGCAGCCACUACCGGUAUUUUGGAUUCAGGAUCCAAGGUUUGCACCCUUCGCACAACAGCGCAUCAUCAAACCGACCACUCCACUGGAGAUUCUGCGUGCCUACGCGACCACCAUCGCCUCAUCGGUAUGGUCCGUAGACGAACGGGAAACCUUGCUAGCGGCUGUUGCGGCAGACCAGCCCGAUUCCGCGGCCAGAGAUAUCGCAAAGCUCCCUCUUUUUCCUGGCGGUGUUCCCCUGACCUCAUUGUUCGCCACAUCUGGUACAUCCGGACGGGGCAGCAGUAAUAAAGACAUCGUGAAGAUGGUUCUCGAUGCUAAUCCGGGGGUGCGGGAAAAGCUGUGGCAUUGCCCCGACGUCGGCCCAACACAGUUGCGACGGCAGGCGAAGGGGCUCGACAGCGCCAACAACGUCGUGGAAUUUUUCCAACAGUACGCACCCUUCGUAAAGAACAUUCCCCAAAACUCCCACAGGAAGUACCGACAGGCGCUUCUGGAACUUUUGCACGAGCACGUCGCGGAGGAUCAGGCGUCGGUAGACGAAAUCCGAGCGCUCCAAAUCGUCCCCCUGCAGAACGGAAACUGGCAGUGCCCGAAAGACGUGUAUUUGAAAUGCGUGCACGAGUUGCUCAUUAACCACACAGACGACGGCAAGUGCCGAAUGCUCACGGAGUCGGUCGAUGACAUCCCCGGCGCGAAGAAGUUCUUCCGUGAAGCCCCUCCGGUGACCCUAGUUCUCGUGCAACUGGAUCUCUUCUCGCGCCAGUGGAGCGUCGGAACGGGCAUCAGCCAGGUCGUGUCCCGACAGGAUGAUUUAAAACAGUUCCAAGCCAUUUACGAACACCUCGCCGACGCGCUUGCAAAAAUCGAAGCGGAAGACGAACCCGAACUGAAGAAGCACGAGCAGUCGCCUGUAGUCCGCAAGUUGCAGCAGCACACGGCCUGCGUCGUCGGGGCGGACCAUGUCUUGCGGAAACCGCACCAGUACUCGCUGAAACUGUUGGAAAACCGUCCACCGCUGUACAUGAUGCAGGCGACGCUGAAGGAGCCGCGGUUUCACACACUGUGGCGCGUCCUCGGGGUGCAGCAGCAAGCCACCGGGAGACUGACUGCGAAACCGGUUAUGCUGCUCGAGCAGCUGAAGUCGAAGCAGGUGGUUGCGAAGAAGGCGGAUUUGGUUUUGGUCGCCAGCAAAAGCCGUAUGAGAGGUUCGCGGGGUAGUGGAAGUCUCGUCCGACCGGACCUGUCUGCGUCUUCGCCGUCGUUCUCAAACGAGCAGAACGUUGCGGAUCAAGACACGGUGAGAAUCCCGUUUUACCAACUCGCGUGGACCACGGUUUUUCCAGACUCGGUUGCAAACGUUGGAGCAGCAAGACGUGCUAGUGGCCCAGGAUCAGCUUCUAUCCCAUCGCAAGCGUUCGAUGCGGCGUCUUCUUCAGGUUCGUCCAGCAGUAGUUCUGCUGCUGGCAAUCAGCACCAGGCAAGCUCGUUACUACAGCAGCAGGCACAACAACCAAUCUCAGUCACGGAGCUGGACCUUCGGCCAGCGUCGCAGGAAGCGGUCAAGAUCCUCUGUGAUUACGCCCUCCAGGAGCGGCUGCCGAAUGAGGUCGGGGAGGAUCUCGGGUUUGAGCUGUACCAGCUGGGGAAAAGGUUGAACGCGCCCUACAUCGAAGAACACUUCGAGGCGGUGCUGAACGGGGUAGUGGGUCUCGGGAUCGACGGCGGGCUGAAGGAACUGGAAUGUUAUCCGUCGUACUGGAAGAACCAGGCGACCCAUUUGGAUUUCUCGGAGCGGGUGCAGUUGGAUAAUACCUGGGUUCAGAAAAUGACGAGGCUGAUGAACGAAUCGUCGAGGGCCGGCAGCUGCAAUGCGUGCGGUGGCAAAAAGUUCCAGGUCGCGUCUGUGCACCGCAUUGAAAACCAGGAUCUGUGGAACCGAUACGCAGCCCGUCGGAAGCUGCUUUUUGGGCUGGUGCAGAAGAAAAAGCGCGCGGUGAAGCGACUAGAAGGCACAGUCGUCAAAGGAGAGUUGCGGAACAUCACGGCGGAACAUGGCCUCCGGCAUGAGGAACUGAAUGAGUUUUACUGUUUUCACGGAACAAAGCCCGACUUUGUCGAAGCGAUCGCAGAAAAGGAGGGCUUUGACGAGCGCGUCGCGAAUCUCGGUGGACUAUAUGGCGCUGGCGUCUACGGUGCGGAUCAGGCUUGCAAAUCGCAUCAGUACACCGCAGCUGAUGCGCAAGGCUAUCGGAGCAUGUUCUUGUGCCGGUUCGCACUGGGAAAUCCGCACUACACCAGUUGUUGUUUGGUAUUUGGACUUUUUUUCGCUGAUUCAAAACAAGUAUUUGAUGAAAAUCGCAGCUGUGUCAAAAAUGAAAAAGCCAUUUAGGUUCGUGGCUCGAGAAAUGAAACUAGAAUUCAGCCGAUGAUCACAUGAUAUGAGGCACCAGCACAAUAUCGCAAUGACAAUAUGAAUAUACAUUGUAAAUAAUACAGGUGAAUGCGCGACGACCGCCGCGGGCUGACAAAGAAGAUUGCGUGAUUGCCGCAACGGGACCGAUGGCGGGCCAUUUCCAAAAUCGUCAACAGCACAACGAGCUGAUUGUGUACGAUCGAUCGAGCGUGUAUGCGGAAUUCCUCAUCAAAUACAAGGAAGUACUAGGGUAGACUGGUCGGUCAUUGUGGUAGACCAAAGAUUUUUUUGUAGUCACAACUGUUGCUACUCGCCAGACGCAACCCCCUUUUCCUAGUGUCUGUCACUUUAUGUAGUGUGCUCUUCUGUACUGUUUUGAUGUUGUGUGUGUCCUUUUUAUAUCCCUCCGUGCAUCUGCGCAAAGACAAAGCGGUCCGUGUUCAUGAUCACAAUUUUUUUCACCAGCGACAGAUUGUCAGUAUCGAAGGCGAAUUUAGCAACGGGCUGAAGGUACGCUCUAAUUGACGACGAACAAAACAAAAUAAAAAAACACCUUUUUUGAAAAGAAGACAAAGACAGACGAACAACGACCUUUCGAACUACGAGAACUACUGCGUAAUAAUCUUCCGAACGAAAACUUGCC